CCGAAGCAAAACAGAAACGUGCCGAAAUUUUGGUGCUCUCCAGUAGAGUUGGAAAUAUUUGAAUAAAUUUAUCAGUCUGAUCCACGGGAACAGCAAUCGGACCAAAAUGCGGCACGCGAAGUUCAUCGCACGCACCGUUCUAGUGCAAAAUAGCAACGUUGAGGAAGCCUGCCGCGUGUUGAAUCGUAUUCUUGGUAAAGAGGAGAUUUUUGAUCAAUUCCGGCGUACUCGGUACUACGAAAAGCCUUUCCAGACUCGACGACGCAUUAACUUUGAACGCUGUAAAUCCAUUUACAAUGAGGAUAUGAAUCGUAAAAUUCAGUUUGUGCUCCGAAAGAACAGGGUAGAACCUUUUCCUGGAUGUAAUUAAUGGGUGUUAGAGGACGCAAAUAUAUUUGCUAUAGUCUGAAGAUCUUUGUUAUCUUAUCCGGCAAAAAAGAAAUUGGAAAUAGGUUGAAUUAAAUAUUUAAAUGUAUGUAUUCUAGGGUAUCUUCUCGAUCA